UGAUAAGUUAACUUAUAUUUAAUGGCUCAUUACGGCCUCCCUGAUGAUGCUCCUCUUCCCAGAUACAUCAAGAGGAUUAAAAGUCUUGAGGAUAUGCAGCAACAGUUGCUUCUGCUUAAUACUCGCAAUGAAAAAGAGAUUGCAAGAAUUCAGAAAAUUUAAACGCAAAACUAGAACUAAGAAGAAAAUUAUUAUUAAGAAAAUGAUUCUCAAUCCUGAUUUCCGAAUGGAAGCUGAAGAAAUCAAGGUGAUACACAAGAAGAAAAUUAGGAAAGCACCUCUGUGUGUCAGUCAUGGUAGCCCAAAGAAGAUCUUAAAGAGAUGUAGUAACUUUGUUGAGAAAGGGAAGGAUGAAUUAUUUUUAAACCUCUCUUUGACAGAUUAUCUACCACAAAAAUUGAUUAUUAAAUAAGUCUCCAGACUCGCUAUUCUCUCCCAGAGUAGUAGUUGGGGAUACAUCUAACGCUGUGUAUAACUCUCCUGGGAAUAAACAAAGGAGCUUCUUGCAGGUUAUUUACAACCGUGUUACCAAAAAGAAGUUCUUGGAGAAGCAAAAACUCAAAUUUCUUCUCAGUAAGAGCAGGAAUAAAUCACACCCUGAUUCCGAAGACUUUGACUUGAAUGCUCAUCGGAUAGAGCUUCUUGAGGAAAUUUUGAGGAACAUCCGAGAGAAAAGUGUGUAUAAAAUACACACUAAGCAGAUCAAAGAAUGUUUUAGAGAUGACACAGAGAUUUUAGCUUAUGCCAAAAAAUUAAGGGAGUACCAGCUGAAGUUCCUGUCUCAUCUUCUCAAGAGGAAGAAAGCUCAAGACGAAGAGAUGAUACAUCUUGAGAAUAACUUGCUUAAGAAAAUAGUAAAUACAAGACUUGUCAAGCGAAAAGGAUUGUUUUGACAAAGAGAAGACUAUUACCGUCUAAAAAUGUCAAGGUCUGCUAAAUUUUCAUCUACUCCGAUGCGUUCAGGAUCAAAACUAUCAAAUGGGCAAGGCACAACAAACUUCUCUUUUCAUGACCCAAGAUCUAUUGAGAGGAGAUUUUGACCUCCCAUUUCUUCUCAUGAACUAUCCCUUGGACAGCGUAAUAGGUUGAUGUUUUCUGAUAGAAUAAAUAUGAACUCUGUGGUAUCCCUUAGAUAG